CGGCUCCACUUGCAAUUAAUUAUGAAGAGCUAAAGGCUCAAACUUUUAUUUGCGUUUCUAAUUAUACCACACCAAGUUUGAUUCAUAUCGAGCAAUAAUCGCUAUCGAGGAAGUUUUAAUUGCUGCUGAACCACUCAUGCAUUUCAAACCUUCUUGUGACAAAUUUAAUGAAACAACUUACCCAAACACUUCCAUAAACAUUCGAAUCAUAUGAGUUUUCUUUGUUUUGGUUGGUUGUUACUCUUGUCAAUGCGGACGAAAUAUGGAAGUGCAAGAAAUGUCAGAUAAUAUUUCGACUACAAAACGCUGAAUAGAUUUUUUACUUUUCCAUAUUUUACACUGCUUUUGAUAUUCAAGUCCAGAGUGCUACUUGGAAUGAAAUAGAGGACUUUUAACUACCCGGAGAAUAAAAAAAAGAGAUUAAAAUUAUUCUGAAAAUUCUGGGAAUAUGGGCGACGAGUGUAACGUUUUAAGUCAUAGAAUGGAGAAUAUAGAAAGUUUUGCUCAUAAGGACCUUAAGAAGAGUGAAAAAGAAUUACCCAACAAGAAACACGUACGAGAGACUCCUUCUGGAGAACCAGGCGAAGAUAAACUUCAAAAUCCGGAAGUUUUGCACACAGAAAAUAUUCCCCAGGUGGUGAUAGCGGAGGCAAUUUCUCAAGAACCAGAAGUGGGCAAUUUUUCCUAUAUGAGGACUAAAUUGCGACCGGAUGCUCCACCAUUUACACUAGAACGUGUCACUCCAAUUGGGGAUAUUUCAUACAGGGAACCGGAUGUUGAAGAAACUCGUUUUGUAAUUGUUGAUCUGAGGCCUCAAAUUGUUCAAUUGAUUCCGGAAAAGGAAGGACUUAUCGCAUCACAUUCUUUUAAAGAACCUAAGGAUCCUGCUCUGAAACCCUUCAGUCUUACAUCUACUCCACUUCUAAAUAAACAUGUCCCAAAAGUGACAGUGCCGGCAGUGGAAGAAGAAGGUGCCGUCAUAUCAAUUCCGACAAAUGAACCACCCACGGGCGAAGCGACGGCAAUGCCUUUCCCAAAUCAAUCUCGUAAUUUUGUGAUGAAUUUUUUGCUAAGAAAUAGGAUUCAAAUAGCCGUUAUAAUGGCCAGUUUGGUUAUUUGUGCUAUUCUUAUCGUUUACGUCGUGGUUUAGAUUAUUCGAGUUAAAUUUUAAGUCAUUAAGACUUUACUUGCAUAAAUGAUUAUUUAAUAAAAGAU